ACCAAAGAGCAAUUUAGAGCAGAAGCUGAGGCGUGUGACGAGAGUCAAACAUCUUGAAAGAAUYAAACUGCCUCUGAACUGAAAGAAGACACUUGACAGACCUUUUAAAAAAAAUCUCAAACACAGGAGCGGGGGAACGCGACUGCUUAGAGAAGAACYUGAAUUCUCUGGAGAUCUUUUUAACAACAAGGCAAUGAGCUCACCGUCUCUGGAUUGAAUGAACUCAACAUAAAGAGAAGAACGACAGAGAGGAAACCGGAUACCAAGAUGUGGACAAAAAGGAAAAAAAGGCUGUGAAGACAGAUUUUACUGCCUGAAACACCUUUUUUUCCCCUUUGCCUUUUUUUUUUUACAAACUUUUGUGUCGUUUCCCUCCUGCUGAACCUUCCGCUGAACCAUGUAGGCUCUGUUUACAAGCUCUGAAGAGGGCUUCCUUUGGAAUAUCGACUUCUGGAAGUGGGUUAAACUCCUGCGGCUUGUGGAGUCAAUAACAGAGAUAUGUCUGCRGAGGAUGUAAGGAGCUCUGCCAGCCUCCAGGCUGAAGGUGUGCCAUCCAAUCACUGUAAUGGCCGGUCUAAGAGCGUAAACCAGGAAGUCCAGAACCAGAGGCAAGGCCAGGAUGAGAUAGUCAUGCGGCGCAUCGCCUCUCUGCCAGUGGACAUGUUCAACCCCAGUGACUUCACUGGGAGGUUUUCAAAGAUCCAGCCCAGAUCCAAAAAGCGAUCGAGGAUCUUUCGAGCCUCUCCAGUGGGACUGAAGCCCCCAAUCCCACCUGUCAGCGCCACAUUGGGAGAGAGGAAGGGUCCGGUCAUCAUGGCGCCCGUCAACGUAGACCCAGAGAGCAAACCGGGCGAGUUCGUCCUAAAGAGUCUGUUCGCCAACUUCACCUUGCUCUCCGAACGCAAAAUCCGCAUCAUCAUGGCAGAGCCACUGGAGAAGCCGCUCAACAAAUCUCUGCAGAGAGGAGAAGACCCGCAGUUUGACCAGCUGAUCAGCACGAUGAGCUCUCUAGCUGAGUACUGCCUGCCGUCCAUCUUGAAGACUCUGUUCGACUGGUACAAGCGGCAGAAUGGUCUUGAGGAUGAGUCCCACGAGUACCGACCCAGAGCCAACACCAAGUCAAAAAAUGAUGAACAACAGAAAGACUACUUACUGGAGCGGAGGGAUCUGGCGAUAGACUUCAUCUUUUCUCUUGUGCUUAUAGAAGUUUUGAAACAGAUCCCACUUCAUCCACUUUUAGACGGACUCAUCCAGGAAGUUGUAAACCUCGCCUUCAAGCAUUUCAAAUACAAGGAGGGGUAUCUGGGGCCAAACACAGGCAACAUGCACAUCGUGGCUGACCUCUAUGCUGAGGUGGUGGGAGUCGUAGCUCAGUCGAGGUUCCCAGCUGUGAGGAAGAAGUUCAUCUCCGAGCUCAAGGAGCUGAAACAGAAGGAGCAGAGCCCGUACGUCAUCCAGUCCACCAUCAGCCUCAUUAUGGGACUCAAGUUUUUCCGCAUCAAAAUGUACCCGGUGGAAGAUUUCGAGGCGUCCUUYCAGUUCAUGCAGGAGUGUGCGCAGUAUUUUUUGGAGGUGAAGGAUAAAGACAUUAAGCACUCAUUAGCUGGACUCUUUGUGGAAAUCCUCGUACCAGUGGCUGCUACUGUGAAGAAUGAGGUGAACGUUCCAUGUCUGAGAAAUUUUGUCGAGAGUUUGUACGACACGACCCUGGACCUGUCCUCCAGGAAGAAACACUCUCUGGCCCUGUACCCUCUGGUGACRUGCCUGCUGUGCGUCAGUCAGAAGCAGUUCUUCCUCAGCCGAUGGCACAUUUUYCUAAACAACUGCCUCUCCAACCUCAAGAACAGAGAUCCAAAGAUGGCACGUGUGGCACUGGAAUCGCUCUACCGCCUGCUGUGGGUCUACAUGAUCCGAAUCAAGUGUGAGAGCAACACAGCAACACAGAGCCGUCUGACUUCCAUCACCUCCACGUUGUUUCCCAAAGGAAGUCGCAGUGUCGUUCCCAGAGACAUGCCCCUCAAUAUUUUUGUCAAGAUCAUCCAGUUUAUCGCUCAGGAGAGACUGGAUUUUGCCAUGAAGGAGAUCAUAUUUGACCUGUUGAGUGUGGGGAAGCCCGCCAAGGCUUUCAGUCUCAACCCUGAGCGUAUGAACAUUGGUCUGCGUGCGUUCCUGGUGAUAGCUGACGCYCUACAGCAGAAGGAUGGAGAGCCCCCCAUGCCCAACACAGGAGCAACUCUGCCCUCCGGAAACUCGCUGAAGAAGAAGAAAACGUACCUCAGCAAGACUCUUACUGAGGAAGAAGCCAAACUAAUAGGCAUGUCUCUGUACUACUCCCAGGUACGCAAGUCUCUGGAUAACAUCCUCAGACAUUUGGACAAGGAGGUGGGCCGUUGCAUGAUGCUCACCAGCGCCCAGAUGCUCAACAAAGAGCCAGAAGACAUGAUCACUGGAGAAAGGAAGCCUAAAAUCGAUCUGUUCAGGACAUGCGUGGCCGCCAUUCCUCGUAUUCUUCCCGACAGCAUGUCCAAACCCGAGCUCAUCGACCUGCUUUCACGACUUACGGUGCACAUGGACGACGAGCUGCGUCUCAUUUCCCAGAACUCCCUGCAGAGCCUGUUACUUGACUUCUCAGACUGGAGGGAAGACGUCUUGUUUGGUUACACACAUUUCCUUUUGCGUGAGGUUCAAGACACUCAUCAGGGUCUGCAGGAUGCCUCUGUGAAGCUCCUCCUCCAGCUGCUCGGACAGUGGAGGAUAGCUCUGCAACUGCAGGGGAAGAUGAGGGGCGGAGCUGAGACCAGCCCCCGGAUGCCGGAGCGAAGCCCUCAUUGCUCCGUGCUCCAUGCCGUCGAAGGCCUGGCCCUGCUGCUCCUCUGCUCGUGCCAGGUCAGCACCAGGAAGCUGGCGGUCGGUGUGCUCCGAGAAAUACGCUGCCUCUUUACAGCUCUGGGACACGCUGAGGACGAUGACAAGCCCAUGAUAGAGGUCAUGGACCAGCUGAGCCCCGCUGUAAUGGACAGCUUUGUUCACGUAGCCGUUUCUGACUCAUCCACGCUGCCCCUCAGCCACCACGUYGACCUCCAGUGGCUGGUGGAGUGGACCGCUCGCCUGGUGAGCAGCUCGUAUGACGUGAAGAGCCCGAGCCACGUCUGGAUCUUCGCGCAGUGCGUGAAGGACCCGUGGGUGCUGUGUCUGCACAUCUUCCUGCGCCAGGAGCACCUACCCAAACACUGCUCCACCGCUCUGGGCUACGCCUGGCCCUACGUCUUCACACGGCUACAGCUGCUGCUGCCCCUGGUGGACCCCAACAGUCCGGUGAACGCAAAGAAGACCAGUACGGCAGGCUCCAGCGACAACUACGUGUCACUGUGGCGUAACUAUCUGAUCCUGUGCAUGGGUGUGGCCAAGCCCAGCAUCAUGUCGCCCGGCCACCUCAGGGCCUCCACGCCUGAAAUCACCGCAACCACGCCCGACGGCAGCGUCACUUACGACAACAAGGUAAUCGGCACUCCGUCUGUAGCCUGGCUUUUAAAGCAGCUGGUCCCGCUGAUGAGAGCUGAGAGUCUGGAGAUCACAGAGUCUCUUUUGUUGGGCUUUGGAUGCACAAACGCACUGGUCUUCAGGGAGUUGGUUGAAGAACUCCAUCCGCUGAUGAAGGAAGCACUGGAACGACGGCCUGAGAACAAGAGGCGCAGAGAGAGGAGGGAUCUUCUCCGGCUGCAUCUCCUGAGGAUCUUUGAAUUGUUGGCUAACGCAGGAGUUAUCAGUGACAGCACUAAUGGAGCUCUGGAGCGUGACUCCUUGGCGCUGGGUGCUUUGUUUCUUGAAUACGUGGAUCUGACCCGGAUGCUUCUGGAGGCUGAGAACGAGAAGGAGCUGGAUGUGCUGAAAGACAUCAGAGCUCAUUUCAGUGGGAUGGUGGCAAAUCUCAUCCAGUGUAUUCCCGUUCAGAACCGGCGCUUCCUCUUCCCUCAGCAGUCUCUGAGACAUCAUCUCUUCAUCCUCUUCAGCCAGUGGGCCGGACCCUUCAGCGUUAUGUUCACUCCUCUGGAUCGUUACAGCGAUCGCAACCAUCAGAUCACUCGCUAUCAGUACUGUGCUCUCAAAGCCAUGUCGGCUGUUUUGUGUUGCGGUCCAGUUUUUGACAAUGUGGGCCUCUCCACUGACGGUUAUCUCUACAAAUGGCUCGACAACAUUCUGGCCUGUCAUGACCUGCGGGUGCACCGUCUGGGGUGUGAGGUGAUCAUCCUGCUUUUAGAACUGAAUCCAGACCAGAUUAAUCUGUUCAACUGGGCUGUGGAUCGCUGCUUCACUGGUUCUCACCAACUAGCCUCUGGCUGCUUCAAGGCCAUCGCUACAGUCUGCGGCAACAGAAAUUACCCGUUCGACCUGGUGACUUUGCUGAAUCUUGUGUUGUUCAAGGCUUCAGACAGCAACAGGGAAAUCUAUGAAAUCUCUAUGCAGCUCAUGCAGGUGCUGGAGACCAGACUGUGUGCGUACUCGAAGCGGAUGGUGGAGCAGAAGCCAGGGAAUAUUUUGUAUGGAACACACGGCCCCCUGCCUCCACUCUACAGCGUCAACUUAUCUCAGCUCUCCAUCCAGCUCGCCAGCAUGUACCCAGAGCUGACACUGCCUCUAUUCUCAGAUUAAAAAGGUGGUGAUCUACUUGUGUCGCAACAACACCAUCCAGACGAUGGAGGAGCUUCUGUUCGAGCUGCAGCAGACCGACCCAGUCAACCCCGUGGUCCUGCACUGUGAUAACCCUCCUUUUUAUCGCUUCGCUGCCAGCAAUAAAGGCUCCACCUCUCAGACAGGCACCACCUCGAGCAGCAACACCGUGGUGGCUGGUCAGGACAACCUGCCAGAGACCGAUGAGAACAAGCUGGUCAGAGAGAGUGAAGAUCGCAGGUUCAGGGCUCACAACAGGCUGGAGUCGCGCUACAGCAACAGCUCCGGAGGCUCCUAUGAAGAAGAAAAGACUGAUCCUCUCCCUCCGUAUGCUGGAUGGCUACUGAGUGUUCUGGAGUCCAACCAUCCCCAGCCGUUACCCAUGCCCAUUAACGGAGGCUGCUGGGCGCCGCUGGUCGACUACCUUCCUGAAACCAUCACACCUCGAGGACCUCUGCACAGGUGCAACAUAGCUGUGAUCUUUAUGACGGAGAUGGUGGUGGACCACAGCGUGAGGGAGGACUGGGCUCUGCACCUGCCUCUGCUGCUACACGCCCUCUUCUUGGGUCUGGACCACUACAGACCAGAGGUUUAUGAACACAGCAAACGUCUCCUGCUCCACCUCCUUAUCGCUCUCUCCUGCAACAACAACUUCCAGGUAAUAGCUUCUGUUUUAAUGCUGACGAGGGAGAUCAAGGAUAAUAAAACCCUCACCAUUAAGUCCAACUACCACACAGAGUACCAGCAGUCACAAGCACCUGACUUUCUGCGGGAGUGGCAGGCGUCUCCUGUGGUGGACUCAGGACUCAGCUCCACCUCCAACUCGUCCUCUGCUAGUCUCGGUGGCGGCAGCACUGCAGGCAGUGUUGGGAAUUUGCCCCUCGUGACGCCCGAUGACCUGGAGGAUCUCGAGGACACGUCCAACGAGACCGACGAAAAGACAAACAAACUCAUCGAGUUCCUGUCCACCAGUGCCUGGAGUACUGUGUUGUUCUUGCUCAGAGCUUUCGGGCCCCUGUGGGCUCAUGAAGACAUCACGCCGAAGAACCCCAACUCUAAAAGCACGGAGCAGCUUUCCAACUUCCUGCGACACGUUGUCUCUGUCUUCAAGGAAUCCAAGUCUGAUUUUCACUUGGAGCAGCAGCUGAGUGACGUGGCCCUACAGACCGCUCUGUGCAGCUCCUCACGCCACUACGCCGGGCGCUCCUUCCAGAUCUUCCGAGCCCUCAAACAGCCCAUCAACAACCACGCCGUCUCGGACCUGGUCUCCCGUCUCGUGGAGGUGGUGGGAGAACACGGAGACGAGGUGCAGGGCUAUGUGAUGGAGGUGCUGCUGACGCUGGAGUCUGUGGUGGUGAAUCUAGCAGAGUGCAUGAAAAAUAGUGACCUUAUGGCGGCACUCACCAGGACGUCCUCACCGGACUUUGUGACAAGUGACAAACUGAUGAACAGAAAGAGCACGGGUCAGCUGAAUUUCCCCGGCCCCGGAUUCGCUGGUCUGUCGUCACAACGCCACCAGCGCUCCUAUUCUGUCCCCAAGAAAUUUGGCGAGUGCAGCCACCUGUCGAGUGACCCUCCACGCAGCGCAACUCUGGAUCGUAUACAGGCUGGCAACAGUUUUACCAGAAUAGCGAGAACCCCAGGGUCCUGCACCUCGUCGACUAAUCGCAUCGAUCCCAGCGUGCUGUCAGACCCUUCACACGUGUCUCAUCCUUUAUCCAUCCUGGCCACGGUCUUCUGGGUGGCCGUGUCCCUCAUGGAGUCAGACUUUGAGUUUGAAUAUCAGAUGUCCCUUCGCCUUGUUCACAAACUGCUGUCAAAGGUGCCCUUGGACAGAGCAGAGAACCGCGAGCGGCUGGAGAAGCUUCAAGCUCAGCUAAGAUGGAGCGGCUUCUCUGGCAUCCAGCAGCUUCUGCUGAAGGGUUUUACCUCGCAGACGACCUUUGACCUGACCUUGCAGCUCUUCUGUCAGCUCACACCCGUCUCCCGUGUGACUGUUGUGGACAGCUCACAGUCUAUAGGUUUUCCUCUAAAUGUCUUGUGUCUGCUCCCUCACCUGGUGCAGAACUUCAGCCAUCCGACACAGUUCUGUAAGGAAAGUGCAGAGAGGAUCGCACAGGUGUGUUUGCAGGAGAAGAACACGAAGCUGUCCCACUUGGCGCACGUGAUGACGCUCUAUAAGACACGAUCGUACACGCGAGAUCCUUUCUCCUGGGUCAGCGUGGUUUGUCGCUACCUCCACGAAGCUUUCUCUGACAUCACACUCAACAUGGUCACUUACAUGGCUGAGCUGCUGGAUAAAGGCAUCCCCAGUAUGCAACUGCCUCUUCUUCAGAUCAUCUACUGUCUGUUGAGUCACAUGGACCUGACGGCUGUACAAGUCAAACAGUUCAACGCUGACGUCAUGAAGACGAUUGAGAAGUUUGUCCAGACCGUACACUGGAAAGAUGCUUUGAACAUCUUAAAGUUGGUGGUCUCACGUUCUGCCAGUUUAGUACACCCAGCUUACAGCCACACACAAGGAGAUCUUUUCAACUUGGAGGUCAGCAGAGUGUGGGACGGUUCAGCCAAAGCUCUGCCAGGAAAAACCCUCGAUUUCACCUUUGACAUCUCCGAGACACCUGUUAUCGGGCGUCGAUUCGAUGGGCUCCAGGGUUCAGGGGGCAGAGAGGGGAAGGCCAGAGCCAUGGCCGUCACACGAAGCGCUUCCUCCACCUCCUCCGGGUCAAAUUCCAACACCAUCCUGGUGCCUGUCAGCUGGAGGCGGCCACAGUUAUCUCAGAAAAGAACCAGAGAGAAGCUGGUAAACGUUUUGUCUCUUUGUGGACAAGAAGUUGGACUCACCAAGAAUCCAUCAGUGAUUUUCUCCUCCUGUGGCGAUUUGGACAUGAUGGAGGUCCGCGAGAGUGGCGUCUCAUCAGAGGAGGGUGGAACCAGAGAGGACACUUUUGACGACACCGCUAGUGAGCAGCAGUUCAGGGUUUUCAGAGACUUUGACUUCUUGGAUGUGGAGCUGGAGGACGGAGAGGAGCUCCAGGGAGAGAGCAUCGAUAACUUCAACUGGGGAGUCCGGCGGCGGUCUCUGGACAGCACGGAACUGGGCGACCUGCUGGAGGAGAGCCAGCACUCGGGGAGCACCCCCAGCUUGGGUCACGAGGACCCUCACGAUUCAGACGAGUCCUCCGAGGAAGAGGAGUCCUCGACCAGCCAGAGCCUCUCUCAUUCUCAGCUCACUAACCCUUCUCCGUCUGAGGAAACCAACCACACAGAUUCUCUGUCUACUUCUUAUGACACAUCUGCCGACCCUCAGUCCUUCAAUGCCACCACACCGGGCCAGGGAGGCUUCACCGAAGAUCACAGCAGCCUAAACGUGAGAGCAUGUGGUGAGGAUGAGGACACUCAGGCUCAGGAUGAUGAACUGUCUCUGAGCACCAACGAGCUUCCUCAAGGCUCAGACUGCGGCGAGAGCUUCACUCUGGAGUUAUCAGGGCAGCCUCAAGAUCAGCUACCAAAUCUAGACCGCGGUCUGAACCCAAACUACUGCCACCCCCCGCUGGACUUUCUAGACCCCAACUAUCUGCCCAGCCUACGGGGGGAUGUCGAUGAUUUGGAAGACCUUGGAUUCCCUCCUCCCCCUUCGCCCUUUUUCUCUGCCAUUUUGGCGGCGUUCCAGCCCAUAGUGUGUGACGAUGCCGAGGAGGCGUGGCGUUGUCACGUUAACCAGCUGGUGACCGACUCUGACGGCUCUUGUGCUGUUUACACUUUUCAAGUCUUUUCAUCGCUCUUCAAGAACAUUCAGGGUAAAUUCUGCACCUUGACCAAUGAUGUUGCCACCUACCUUGGUGAGGGACUAAGAGGCAUCGGAUCAAAGUUUCUCAGGUCGUCGCAAAUGUUGACCACAUGCUCAGACUGUCCUACGAUCUUCAUUGAUGCCGACACGAUCAUGUCUUAUGGUCUCCUUGAAAAGAUGAAGUUCAGUGCACUGGAGCUGCAGGAGUACCUGGACACCUACAACAGCAGAGAGGAGGCGGCUGUUUCGUGGCUGAGGAACUGCAGGGACACAUUUCCCAGGUGUCCCGGUGACAGUGUGGUGACCUGCCAACCGGGAGACUCAGAAGAGAAGCAAAUGGAGUCUCUUGCACAACUGGAGCUCUGUCAGCGACUCUACAAGCUGCACUUCCAGCUGUUGCUGCUGUUCCAGUCGUACUGUUCACUCAUCGGUCAAGUUCAAGCCAUCAGCUCUGUGCCUGAGCUGCUGAACAUGUCCCAGGAGCUCACAGAUCUGAGGACCACCCUGCAGGCAGCAGAGGCGGCCGUCUCCAGUGACUUGGAGCUGAAGCACCUGGCCCACACGCACGCCGCCCAGGUGGCAGCCGUGGUCGUGCCCAGCUUCAACACGUCCGAGGCGGCCGUGCAGGCCAUACUGGAGUGCCUUCGGAGCCAGGAGUUUGCCAAAGCUGUGCGCUACAUCCAGGAGUGCAGGCGGCAGUGGCCCUGCGAGGUGUUCGGCGGCAGCUCAGAGAGCGCGGUCCAGACGCUGCUCAACAUCUACUUCCGUCACCAAACCCUGGGCCAGACGGGCACCAUCGCCCUGGUGGGCUCCCGACAGGACCUGAGCCUGAUCUGCUCCAAGCUGCUGGAGCUCAACGGGGAGAUCCGGGACAUGAUCCGCCGCGCCCAGGGUUACCGGGUCGUCACAACUUACCUCCCCGACUCCAGCGCCUCCGGGACCAGUCUCUGACAGGACCUCAGGAGCCCUCCUCCUCCUCCCCUGCCUCUCCCAUCUGUUCAGACUCUCCCAAAAGCACCUCCCUCUCUGUCAUGUCAGCCUGCUUUUCCAGAGGGACCACAGCAUCCACACACCUGGCCCCUCCCCCCUCCUGUGGGGCUGCUGCCUCGACUGCACAUCCCCACCCUGAACCAGAACCAGAACCGUCUUUAGACCAUGAUCCAAACCUUCCCCUGCUCUCCUCACUCUCAUCCACCAUCAGCUCUGACGGCUCUCUGCUUGACUUCUCUAAACCCUCAGAGCUGUUUUCAUCACAUCAGAGCUCAAACACACCAAGGCAGCUAGAUUUGAUUCUGCCGCACACCAGGCAGCCACGAAGGGCUUGUCUUAAAGAGAACUCUAGCUUUUAUUGCCCUUUCAGAUCCUUUUCAUCUCACAUCUCCACAUCRUCCCGUAACUCGCUCCCCACUGUCGCCUCAGAGCCCACCUUGCUUUCCCCCGCCCCUCCUCCAGCUCUCGCCCCCCGCCCCGCUGGCCCAGAGGAGGCCGCAGCCUGGGCCUGCUGCUGCUCCCUCAGCGGGGAGGCCACGCCCCUGUCACGCUACCUGGGGAAGGUGGGGCAAGCCGCUCUGCCCCUACUUAAAGCAGGAGGGCUCCUGAACACCGAACCGUCAGACAUCCAGACGUGAGAUGCUGAAAUGAUUGUGAAUCCAAAUGCUUGAAACGAACUGCUCCUGAUCAACCAUCAGAUCUCUUGAUCUGAGGAAGAGACGAACCUAACUGGAUACGACAGACGACAACAUGUGAAAAACCAUGACCAGAUGGGAUUUUAAUCCAAGCCUUGUGUUGUAAAAAUGGUCGUCGCUCUGCACCUAAUCUGCCCCUGAAGACUCUUCAGCUUCCCAGAGGCACUUAUGGAAGGCGGUGGUCUCUCGAUGACAUCAUCAGAGACAGAGAGGAAACUAACUCGUGACUUUGUGUAGCAUCACUGGAAAAGUUUCAAUUAUCGGCACCGGGUGUUUUUGUUUUUGAUGGGUCCUGUUUUAACUUAUUUUUAAGAGGAUGAUGUUACCACGAGAGGAGAAAAAAGAACAAUUGUCACUUUCCCUGAGGAGGAAAUGCUGGACUUUCUUGUCUCUGCUACUGUUUUAAGACCUGCUGUGGAGGAAACUGACCCAGUUGAAGGUAUUCACUGCAAAGUCAUGAAGAAAUUCAUAAAGAUAGAAACAAAAGCCGCUCGAAACUUUUCUCAUGCGUCCUUACGUUAAGAUUCAUUUAUUUACCUACAAAAACAGUUUUAAAUUUAGCUCAAACGUUAAAUUAACCUUCAUAUUUGUUUACAUACAGACUAAUGUGGGUCAGCUGAGACUCAAGCUUCCACAUAGCUAGAGAAAGUCUCUGCAGUCAUUAAGUGGGAGUGUCUUGGUGUGUGGGAGGAGCUGGGGGUGGAGUUUGGUCAAAACAGCCAAAAAGUACCUAUAAUGUUAAAUAAAUAAACAAAUUUUAGCCAUUACACGACACAGGAAGGUGUCACAUAUUUUGAAGUCAAUAAAUUAUGUUUACAUGUUUACAAAACAAGACAAGUCAGUCCGACCAAUCCACCCACACCUGGGAAACCCCGCCUAUAUUCCAAACUCCACCAAUCAUGGUUCAGACAAACCCCGCCCACACCAAAGAACUCUGCCAAUCACAGUUAGGACAAACUCCCCCCACACAGCCAAGAAACACCUACAGAGUCUAGUUUGCAUAGUUUUUGUGCUUUGUUUACAUUGAGUGCAUACCUGCAUUUCACACUUAAAUAUCUGGAAACCUGCUGGAGUAAACUCAUUCAAACCACACUGUUUGUAAUAGUCCAGGUCAUUUUUUUUAUUUUUUGUUGUUGUUUAAUUUCAUACUUUACAAUGAGUACCUUUAAAUCAAGGGUGGGCAAUCCUGGUCCUCGAGGGCCGCAGUCCUGCAUGUUUUAGAUAUUUCCCUGCUCCAA